AUGUUGGAAGAGUAUUCACAUAUUCUAGGUAUUAGGAUCAAGAACCAAGUGCCUUAUGUUCCCACUAAGGAGCUCCCCAAAUACCAAGUCCUUGUUGAAGCCCUCCACAUAGGGAAGAAGGAAGUGGAGUUGAACUUGAAACCUAAGGGGGGAAUUCAUGGCUUCACCUCAAAGUUUCUAGUAGAUAAAGCCAUUGCAUUCGCCGAAGCUGAGAGUUGGACGACCUUCAACGCCAUUCUAGCUCUACUAAUCUAUGGGAUCGUAUUGUUUCCGAACAUGGAAGAAUUCGUGGAUCUGGCUACUAUUCACAUCUUUCUAACUCAGAACCCUGUUCCCACUCUUCUUGAUGAUACUUACUACUCCAUCCACGUGAGGACCCAAAAGAAGAAGGGAACCAUCAUCUACUACACCCCUUUGUUGUAUAGAUGGUUUAUUUCACAUCUACCCAACAAAGGUCCUUUCAUUGAAAACAAAGCCAAUUUUAAAUGGUCUCAGUGGAUCAUGUCCUUGAACGCCGAAGACAUCUCCUGGUAUUCUCGAAUUUACGACAGCGUCAAACUCAUCCUCAACUAUGGUGAUUUUCCUAAUGUACCUCUUCUUGGUACGAAAUGGGGAAUCAAUUACAAUCUGAGGUUGGCAUUACGACAGUUGGGAUACCCCAUGGUAGAUAAUCCUGAUCUCAAAAGUGUAGAGGGUUUCGUCUUGUAUGAAGGGGUUGAAGAUCCAGAGUUAGUCAAGAAGAUUGUCAAGGCUUGGGGAUCAAUUUGUCCUCAAGGGAGAGCAGAAAUGGGUAGGAAGAAUUGCAUUGCCAAGGAAUCUUACACCAAAUGGGUAAAAGACAGGGUCAAUGAGAUAUUGCUGCCAUUCCGUCUGAACCGUCCAUGA